UCUAAGACAUCGGAUGCCAAAGCUUGUUGUCUUCGUUAACUGUUUAGGGGCGUGAAUUUUUUGGCAUUGUCCCACACUGGUGACUUUGUGAACCAAUCUUAUUCAUUGACAUAAUCAUAUCGUGUUGGAGUACUGAUCAGAAGCUGUCAUGGCUGAAAAAGAAGAGAUCAAGAAAAGUGAGAUGGAGGAAGUGACACCAAUUCCACUCCUCACUUCUUACAAAAUGGGAAACUUCAAUCUCUCUCACAGGAUUGUUUUGGCACCAUUAACGAGAUCAAGAUCCUACAACUUUGUUGCUCAGCUACAUGCCGUUUUGUAUUACUCCCAGAGAACAACAAAGGGUGGCUUCUUGAUUGGAGAGGCCUCUGGGAUUUCAGACACUGCUCAAGGUGGCCCAAAUACUCCUGGCAUUUGGACAAGAGAACAAGUUGAGGCAUGGAAACCGAUUGUGCGUGCUGUUCAUGAAAAAGGGGGCAUAUUUUUUUGCCAACUUUGGCAUGCAGGGCGAGUUUCUGAUUAUUCCUAUCAACCCAAUGGCCAACCUCCAAUAUCUUGCACGGACAAGCCAAUAACAGCUCUGGUUCAAAUUGAUGGCACUAGUGCCGCGGAAUACCCACCUCCUCGACGCCUAAGAACUGAUGAAAUCUCACAAGUUGUCAACGACUUCAGAAUUGCAGCAAAAAAUGCUAUGGAAGCAGUUAUAAUUACAGGUUUUGAUGGAGUGGAGAUUCAUGGAGCCAAUGGCUACUUGCUUGAUCAAUUCCUGAAGGAUCAAGUUAAUGAUAGAACCGAUGAAUAUGGAGGGAGUUUAGAAAAUCGGUGUCGCUUCCCACUAGAAGUAGUUAAAGCCGUUGCUGACGAGAUUGGAGCCGAUAAAGUUGGGAUUAGGCUCUCUCCUUUUGCUGAUUACAAUGACUCUGGUGACUCCGACCCUGAAGCUCUUGGCCUGUACAUGGCUGAGUCCCUGAACAAAUGUGGAAUACUCUAUUGUCAUAUGAUUGAGCCAAGGAUGAUUACCCAAUUUGAGAAGCAUGAGACCAAACGUAGUCUGUUGCCCAUGAGGAAGGCCUUCGAUGGGACAUUCAUUGUUGCAGGUGGAUACAAUAGGGAAGAAGGAAAUGAAGUAAUAGCUAGCGGUAGUGCUGAUUUAGUUGCAUUUGGACGUUUGUUUUUGGCCAACCCUGAUCUGCCAAAGAGAUUUGAGAUCAACGCAAAGCUUAACAAGUAUGACAGAAGCACCUUUUACACUCAUGAUCCUGUUGUUGGAUACACAGACUACCCUUUUCUUGAACCUAAUACUUAAAAAAUUGUAGACAGACUACCCAUCCCUUAAACUGGGAGCUUGGUCAACUAAUUGAAACAAAAAUUCACAGGUAUUCUGAUCAGAAGAUUCAGAACAACCAUUUUGUGCGGA